UCCCUGGAUGUGGUGGAAACAAAAUGCAGGCCCGACUCAACAAAGCCGAUGUUCCACACAUGUGGUGUGUCAAAAAUGAAGACUAUUUUGACAUUUGGUUGAAUCCGUUACAAAUGAUUCCAGGCAUAAUUGAUUGCUGGGUGGACAAUAUGAAGCUUUCGUACGACAAUGUUACGCGGAAAACAAAAAACACGCCGGGAGUUGAGUUUAGAAUGCCGCAAUGGGGAGGAGUUGAGGAUUUGGAAUGGGUUGAUACAACACCCGUCAUAGAUCGUUAUGAUUUUGGCGCAUAUUUCUACUAUAUUUCUGAGGCUUUAGUUAAUCGUGGCUAUGCUCGUGGGUAUACACUUUUUGGCGCACCAUAUGAUUUUCGAAAAGGGCCUAACGAAAACAAAGACUGGUUCAUACGCUUAAAAGAGUUGACUGAGUUCGCGUAUAACAUCAAUGAGAAUAUCGGCAUUACAUUUAUCUGUCAUUCCAUGGGUGGCAGAAUGAUAUUGUAUUUCCUACAACAAAUGCCACAAGAAUGGAAAGAUAAAUAUGUUAAACAAGUCAUCACACUGUCAACUCCCUGGGGCGGUUCCAUCCAAGCCAUUCAAGCUAUUUCGGUUGGUUACGAUUUUGGAGCCGAACUCAUUCAAAAUAAUAAAAUGAAGCAGGUGCAAGAGACAUGUGAUAUCAGUCUCCCUAAUGCGGUCGAAAUGCGAAAGGAUUUGGCUUUAUUCGAAAACUACACAGCGCCUGGAGCGGAAUUGCACUGUUUGUAUGGCAACAACGUUGGCGAUACGGUUGACAGAUUGGAAUUUGAUGCAGCUUACAAUGGAAAUCCAACAUUGGUCAAAGGGAAUGGCGACGGAACUGUGAAUCGGCGCUCAUUGAUUGGUUGCGGCCAUUGGGAGAAGGCACAAUCUCAAAAAAUUUAUCAACAAGAAUAUCAAGGCAUUGAGCACUACAAUAUGCUCAGCAAUGCUGCUCCCAUCAACUACAUCAUCGGCAAACUCACCAAAGACAAUGACUAUCCACGACCCGAUGAAAAAGUUAGCUACUCGGAUAUGAUGAAAAUUCGACUAUUUUAAGGCACAAAUUUGAAACCCACUGCUAUGCCAAAUGUAUUUCAUCUCUGAAUUUAAUAUUGUAACUGAAUAGAUCUUACCAAUGCCAUAUCAUUAUUAUACUAUACAUUACAUCAACAAAAGCAAUAAGAAGCCAAUUGCCUCGGCUUAUCUCGAUAGCAAUAAUAAACGGUUUUUUCGACACUUUUGUGUAUUUUCCGAUUUGUCUAGCGAUGAAUCGUUGACCAUCAACAUCAAA